UAAUGUUUAUUGAGCUCCCUUUUUCUUUUAUGAGACAUCCAAUCGUAGUUUCUCAUUAGAAAUUAGGUUUGAUAAUUUCGAUUUUGUAUAAAUUGCAAAUUUGCCAUGGAAUUGUUCAUCCAUGUUUUGGAAGAAUUUUUUUUUCACGAUUAAAAAUCUUCGAAACUUAACAUUCAGAUGAAUUCUAAAAUCUUCGCUCCAUGAUUCUAUAAAUUUUAGUUUUCAUUUGAACUAGUUCUAGAUAUGAAUAUGAUCGAUCUGUAAAGCAAUUACCCCGUGACUCAUGAGAGGAUCAUUUAUGUCGUUCUUCAGGACAUACUGGAACAGUCCUGUUGGGCCUAAAACUACUCAUUUCUGGGGUCCUAUGGCCAAUUGGGGAUUCGUUGCUGCGGCAUUGGCCGACCUUGAGAAGCCUCCGGAGAUGGUAUCUGGCAACAUGACUUCAGUGAUGUGUGUAUAUUCGGCUUUGUGUAUGAGAUUUGCGUGGAUGGUUCGGCCUCGCAACUAUCUUCUUCUUGGAUGCCAUAUGUCAAAUGAAACGGUUCAACUUUUUCAACUUUCACGAUGGGCAAGAGGUCAAGGGUAUUUGCAGCAGAAGGAAGAUAAGACACCAAUCACACCAUCACCUUGACUUCAGAUGGUUUAUUUAAUUUCGACUUUUAGGUGGUUAUUUUUUGGUUUUACUGUAAAUUUAAAGCUUCUAGUUCUAAUGGAUUUUACGGUUUGUUAAAAUAUUUACAGGUUUAUAUCUUGAUUUGUAAUGAUGACGAUUUCAAUUAUUGUAUCAUUUCUUUUUAGAGUAAAUAACAUUUUUGGUAAUGAUUAUAUAUGA